GGUGGGGCUAUUGGGGCCUGGCCCGGCGGCGGCUCCUCUGCGGUGCUGAGGUCUUUUUGAUGUCCUUCAGUGAAGUUUUACCAUUUUGUCCCUGGCAUUUUGGACAACACUUGAUGGCCAUUGUUGAAUGUAUGGUUAUGUAGAUGCGUUGUGUGCAUCUGUUGGAGAGUCUUGUACUUCUAGUAGCACCAGUGUGGCUUACUGCUGACUUCCUCCCCUUGGAAGCCCAGGGUACCAGGCGAUGGCAACUUUGCACCUGUCUGCCCUGCCCCAGGCUGAGGUGACCUUUGAGGACGUGGCCGUGCUAUUCUCCCGGGAGGAGUGGGGCCGUCUGGGCCCUACUCAGAGGGGCCUCUACAGGGACGUGAUGCUGGAGACCUACAGGAAUCUGGUCUCCCUGGGAGCUGGACGUGCAGGUCCCAAGCCUGGGGUGAUCACACAGUUGGAGCGAGGGGAUGAACCAUGGGUCCUGGAUGCACAGGGUGCCAAAGGGAAAGGGCGACCGAGAGUCAGUGUCUCAGCUCGUGGGACCAGGACUGAGUACAGUGAGUUGUCUUCAGGAGAAAUGCUUGAUGGGGAAGAACUGGAUCGACUCCAGAGUGCUGUUUCCCAGGGACCUGAGCCUGGAGAGGCCCGUGCGUGUGUCCGGGAGCCAGAGGACAGCCUGGACGAGCCUGUGGAACAGAGAUGCCUGAGGCCAGUCAUAUGGACUAAUGAGGAGAGCAUCCAGGAGUCUGCAGGGAGCCUCAGCUUCCAGUCAAGCCCGAUCUCUGACCAGAGACCUCACAAAUGUGAUAUAUGUGAACAAAGUUUUGAACAGAGAUCAUACCUCAAUAACCAUAAGCGUGUACACAGGACAAAAAAGAUAAAUGUAGUCCAUGAUUCUGGGGAAUUCUUCAGUGCAAAUCUGGCUAAAGAAGCUCAGAUAAUUCCUCUUGGGAAAAAAUUGCAUCAUUGUGGUUACUGUGGGAAAGCCUUCAGGUACAGUGCUAACCUCGUCAAGCACCAGCGGCUUCAUAGCGAAGAAAAGCCCUACAAGUGUGAAGAGUGUGGGAAAGCCUUCGGCCAGAGCUGCGAGUUCAUCAGUCACCGAAGGAUGCAUUCAGGGGAGAUCCCCUACCGGUGUGGUGAGUGCGGGAAGACAUUCAACCAAAGGCCCAACCUCAUGAAGCAUCAGAGGAUUCACACUGGGGAGAAGCCCUACAAGUGUGGUGAUUGUGGGAAACACUUCAGUGCCUAUUCUUCCCUUAUUUACCACCAGAGAAUCCACACUGGAGAGAAACCCUAUAAGUGCAAUGACUGUGGGAAAGCCUUCAGUGAUGGCUCAAUCCUCAUCCGGCAUCGUCGGACUCACACUGGAGAGAAGCCAUUUGAGUGCAAAGAAUGUGGCAAAGGCUUUACCCAAAGUUCUAACCUUAUCCAACAUCAAAGAAUUCACACUGGGGAGAAACCCUAUAAAUGCAAUGAAUGUGAGAAAGCCUUCAUCCAAAAAACCAAACUGGUUGAACAUCAGAGAAGCCACACUGGAGAGAAGCCCUAUGAGUGUAAUGACUGUGGCAAAGUCUUCAGCCAAAGCACACACCUUAUUCAGCAUCAGAGGAUCCACACGGGAGAGAAGCCGUACAAGUGCAGUGAGUGUGGGAAGGCCUUCCACAACAGUUCCAGACUCAUCCACCACCAAAGGUCACACCACGGAGAGAAGCCGUACAAAUGCAGCGAUUGCAAGAAAGCCUUUAGCCAGGGUACUUACCUCAUCCAGCACCGGAGGAUCCACACGGGGGAGAAGCCCUACAAGUGCAGCAAGUGUGGGAAAGCCUUCCGGCACAGUUCCAACAUGUGCCAGCAUCAGAGGAUUCACCUCCGGGAGGACUUUGCGAGGUGA